AUGCCCCGCGCCGCGCCGCCAGCUCUCCUGCUGCAGCUGCUGGGCUUCGCCGCCGCCGCGGACUGCCCUUCAUCCACCUGGGUUCAGUUCCAAGACAGUUGUUACAUUUUUCUUCAAGAAGCCAUCAAAGUAGAAAGCAUAGAGGAUGUCAGAAAUCAGUGUACUGACCAUGGAGCUGACAUGAUAAGCAUACAUAAUGAGGAAGAAAAUGCUUUUAUACUGGAUACUUUGAAAAAGCAAUGGAAAGGCCCAGAUGAUAUCCUAUUAGGCAUGUCUUUUGACACAGAUGAUGCCACUAUUCCAUAUGAAAAGAAAUAUUUAUCAGAUAACCACAUUUUAAUAUCAGCUUUGGUGAUUGCCAGCACAGUAAUUUUGAUAGUUUUGGGAGCAGUCGUUUGAUUCCUGUACAAAAGAAGUUUGGAUUGUUUCACCACAGUUUUUUCAGCUGCACCCCAAUCACCUUAUAAUGAUGACUGUGUUUUAGUAGUUGCAGAGGAAAAUGAAUAUGAUGUUCAAUUUGACUGA